GGGCGGGAUAGGGGGGAAGCCAAACGUAAUCAUACCAGGAGUUUCCCGGCCCCGGGCUGUGGCCACUGCGGGGGGGCUCCAAAUGUUGGCACAUCAUUGCUGCGAACAGGAGUGAGGGGAGGCGUCAGAUUGUCCGACAGAGAGCGGAUAGGCGGAAGCCCAGAGGAGAGCGGCGAUUUUCCGGGAGCGGUCUCAGUCGGCCGCGCUGGUGUCCCGGGCACGCAUGCGCAAGGCGGGAGCGCCGGGGCGGGCGGGCGGUGCGGGGCGGUCUGGGUUACCUCUCCGCCCCGGCGGAAGACGGCGUGCGCCUCUGCGGUGUGCGGUCUGGGUCGCGGAGGGUGGCGGUGAGGACUGCGCGGGACUGCGGACCGCGUAUUGAGCGCGCUGCAUGCGCCAGGCGUGAGCCACAAAAAAGGCGGACUUCAAAGAGGAUGAUGACAGUAACUGCAUGGAUCAUAUUUUGUGGCAACGAAUGAAACAGAUGAGGUUUCUGCUCUCCCUGCUUUUGUAGUCAGGGCAGACUCUAGUGACUGGAAAAGAAGCACCAGGUGUGAUCAGCAUUGGAAAAGAUGCCUGCCCCAGGUACCACAUAUGAAAGAGUAGUUUACAAAAAUCCGUCUGAGUACCACUACAUGAAAAUCUGCCUAGAAUUUCAAGAUCAUGGAGUUGGCCUGAAUGCUGCACAGUUCAAACAGCUGCUAAUUUCAGCCCUGAAGGACCUUUUUGGAGAGGUUGAUUCUGCCUUACCCUUGGAUGUCCUAACCUAUGAAGAGAAGACCUUGUCAGCCAUCUUGAGAAUAUGUAGCAGCGGUCUUGUCAAAUUGUGGAGUUCUUUGACCCUAUUAGGAUCCUACAAAGGCAAAAAAUGUGCUUUCAGAGUGAUUCAGGUUUCACCAUUUCUCCUUGCAUUAUCUGGUAAUAGUAGGGAACUAGUAUUGGAUUGAAUAGCCUUCAAUUUCAGGAACAUUUCUCCGCUCUCUAAAGUAUGUUUUGAUGCAUGCAUGAUGUUUGAAGAUUGAAGCAGGCUAAAAGCCUCGUUGAUGAAAUUUGAGAGUGCUGAAGAUGUUCCCAAUAAUUGCCAGCCAUCGCCUUUGUUGGGGUGGGCUUCAGAGGAGAGUCUGCCUGAAUCCGCCAGUGCUGAACAGGCAGCACUUUAGGCAUAUGCACAUUAGAAUUGGAGACCGGGCUGAACUUAGCAGGGCCUUCACACAGAGGGAUGUGGCUACCUUCUCAGAAUUAACAGGGGAUGUCAAUCCUUUGCAUUUAAGUGAAGAUUUUGCAAAACACACCAAGUUUGGAAAGACAAUUGUACAUGGAGUUUUGAUCAAUGGACUCAUCUCAGCUCUCCUGGGUACUAAAAUGCCGGGACCAGGCUGUGUAUUUCUUUCCCAGGAAAUUAACUUUCCAGCCCCUUUAUAUAUUGGAGAAGUUGUUUUAGCUUCUGCAGAAGUGAAAAAGUUGAAGCGGUUCAUUGCUGUUAUUGCAGUGUCAUGUUCUGUAAUAGAAAGUAAAAAGACUGUUAUGGAAGGCUGGGUUAAAGUUAUGGUCCCAGAAAUUCCCAAAUCCUGAGAUAUGUGAUUAAAGAUGCAAGUUCAAAUACCAA